CCAACAUGCAAUUCGCACAUGGGCUUGAGUAUAAGCGAAAACGGACAGCCUUCACGCGCCACAUGAUCCUUGAGCUGGAGAAGGAGUUCCUCUUGAAUCAGUACCUCACGGGCAGUCGAAAGAAAGAUAUCGCGCUGAGGUUGCGCCUCCCGGAGCAGCAAGUCAAAAUCUGGUUCCAGAACCGGCGGCAAAAGUGGAAAAAGUCGAAAAUGAAAAAGGACGACGGAUCGUGGAAGGGGGCGAGUCCCGACCAGUCUCCCGGGAGCCAGAGCUCGCAGUCGGGCCAGGUGUCGGGGCUGUCCCAGCACUUCUCUCACCAGCAGGCUUACUCGCACCAACAGCAACGCACACCGCAGCAGGAACAGCAAAAGUCAUCAGAACCGAGGGCAGGACAACAGACGUCACCGCAGGGUCAGGGUUGGUCAGGUCAUACAUCAGGCUUCGGCCACCUGAGCGGCAGGGUCGUGCCCCCUGGCCUCGUGCCCAUCACUUUGCCCUACACUCGCGCCGCAGCCGGGGGGCACACGCCCACCACCAACCCAGGCGGGACGAGGGACGCGGCCCAGGCCAGUCAGACGCCCUCUAAAUCCUCCAGCUUUGACUCACUGCUUUAGUGCACGCUCUUGUCCUGUAGUUUGUUACAGAUUUUACAUGUUGUUUCUGCCAGUGUGAGAGUGUUGCUGCCCGAGACCCCUCCUUCCCCAAGACCGCUGUCGCAGCAGCUCCCCUGCUAUGCGCCUCCACUGCCAACUCUUUUGUUUGUCCUUGCCUCGUCUGUUUAGCUCGCAAUAUUUAAAUGUUUGUGUGACAUCACUGUAAUACAAUUUUGUCCAAGGGGGCAGGGGAGGACUAGCAGCGGUGGGCUGUUGCUCGAGACGGUAGAGGAGGAGACACCCGUCUCAGGAUUGAGUGUCUUUGUGCUAUUCCUAAGACAGUUGGUGCGCCUCGCAGCCACAGCCUGCCUGGACGGUUUAACCCGGGAGAGUCAUUAUGUAGCACACGUUCAUCCACAAAUACCAUAUGUUAACCACAUCCCUUGAUGCAUUGUGUACCAAAAUAUAUUGAUAUGUAUUCAGACCGAUCUGCCAUUUGGGAGUGACCGCAGGCAUAGGCUGCAAGUUGCGUAGCUUCUCAUUUACUGUGAGUGGAUGUGGAGGAAGAGGAGCGAAUCUCCCUGGUGUGUUGUGCUUUGUGUUGACAUCAUUAUUGGAAGUGCUUGUGGCUCGGGGCGCCGUUAUAACAAAAACCUCGCAGGCCGGUGAUGGGCCACCUUACACCUUAGUGACUGUAAAGCCUUGGCUAUUAAGUUAUAAAAUGUUUGUCGGUGGUUGAAGAGUAUUAUACCACGUGUAUAAUGCCUGCAUAUUUUCAUAUGUUAAGUUGUCUUGAUUGAUUGAUAGAGAAUGCCAUAUGUACAUUGUCAAAAUAUUUUCAUAAUUUGACGUGAUGUCACCUAAAUGGACAAUUUAAAAUCUAGUUUUACCCAUUGAUCAUACGGACCAGUAGCUAGAUAGAGCAAUAUGCAACGGACGUGGUAACAUACUAAUUAGAGGUAGGCCGUAGUCCCAUCACCAGUCAGGACGGCACGCUGGUUGAUCUGGCUGCACGCGACUCCGCUCGCCGUGCAAGCCUUCGUUUCUUCUCUGUUUCUGAGGCGUUGAGGUCAUCUGACUCGGGCGCGCGCGGCCCAACUUGAUUAAAGACAUUUUGGAUGCGUGUUGUGUGCCGGUAACGUAUGAGUUCUUCACCCUGUGACCUCGCCUCGCCGUCAUCGCCUGGCCACCAGUCAGCAUGUGCUCAGAGAGCAGGCAUUACCCGGCUGUCAGCAUGACGCCGCCCUCCCCGCAAGGGCGCGCGGUCCCGAAAAGCUCUGAAGGUUCCUAGACGGGUCUCGCGGGCCAGACGGUGAUACCGCAAGGACGCGAGGGAGGUAAACCAGGAUCUGAUUUCGAUUCACAAACUAGUGAACUUUUAUCCAAUGUCGUCAUGAUACUUGUACUACAGCACUACCAAAGCAGCACAUGCGGUUGUACAAAAUGGGGGAAUGAUUCCUCCGAUCAUUGUUUGGAGAUUUGAUUGUAUUUAGGACUUAGUUGAUAUUUAGGUUUGCCUGUGCUUUUCAAGUGUGUCAACAUCGCAGAACUGGAAUCAUAAUGAUGUGCGUCUUUCUAUGAUUUGAUGUCCAGUAAUCGGAGUGUGCGUUGAUGAGGAGAUGCCAGACUCGUGCAUCGCGACGCCGCCCAGACUCCCUCUUGCACGCCCAACCGACUCACGCCCACUGAGGCCGCGUAUCAUGGAGCAAUAACUUUGUCGGACAAGACUGUAUUUGUUAAGUUUCUUGAUGCCAUUUACACAUACACUCGUACAUCACACAAACGGUCAUAGUAGAAUACUUUUGAUUUAUUAAGGAACAUUUAAUGGCGCAAUACAUUUAUUUCUUCAAAUGAUAGGCUGUUGUUAUUUCCAUUUUUUAUAGUUAAUGCUAUUAAUAUUAUUAUCAAUAUUAUUUUUAAUGUUGAUGUUGAUAGUAGUAUGUAACGUUAACUGUUACAAAUGUUAUGCAUUUUAAUGAUUAUUAUGGACCGUUGUCAAGGUAGACGUUACUUUAAUGUAUGGCAACUUUAAAAGGAUUUUAGUAGUUUCUCCACACAGACAUAGCCACAUGUGAGACCUUUAGUUCUCGUUUUACACACGACAGUCACUGUUGUCACAGUACAUUUUAUUGUUAUUGUUAUAUAUCCGUGAAUGGAUUGCAAACACGGAUGUAGUAUCCGCCUUUAUGGGAACUUCGGUGGCGAAAGUAAGUGCGUAUGUUUUGUUGUGAGUACGUUUUUUAUAGUUCGAAUGUGUGUGUGUGUUUGUGUGUGUAAUCCUUGUAUGUAUGUCUUGCAUGAAUGUGUGUCCGUGCGCAUGUACAUGUGCAUCCUUGCAUGUAUGUCCUGUAUGAGUGCGAGUGUCUUUCGGCGUGUGUGCAUCGACCUCCUGUUCAUGUGUGUGCAUUCAAGCAGCGACAGUGGAGAGGGAGGCACUGGAGGCCAUGGGUAGGGCUUGUUCCCGGGUGACUGCAGUCGCUCCCCUGGUGCGACCUGGGCGGCAUAGUUUGCGGUACAGGAAUCGAACAGACAGAAUAAUGUAACCACAAACUAAUGGCUUUAAAUCAAACGCACAUGUGUUAUCCACACAAAAGGAUGAAGUAUUAUGAAAAAGCUUUACAGCUUUUUGGUAGCUUUUUGGUUAUUAUGGAUAAGUAUUCAUGGUUUAAUGUUUGAUGACAUUAAGGUGAAACUGUACAUGAUAGAUUAUAUGAUUUAUUAUUAAGUGUAGUCAGAAGUGCAAUGGAGAUAUUCGAAAUAAUGUAACAAAGUCAAAAUUUAAAGUCUGAUUAUUUUAAUUAUGAAAUAUCUCAUAUACAAGACUGUAUAUCUACAACAUGGAUAAUGAUAAGUGAUUUGGUUUCAAUUAAACUACUUGUAUAUAAAA